AUGGCUACGAACACGGCAACAGCUUUAAAUAUUCUUCAUCUGACACAACAAUAUAGCUUGUAUUUUAGCACCGGCGUACUCAUUUUAGGAAUUAUUGGAAAUGCAAUCAAUAUUCUCGUGUUCACUUCCUUCAGAGCCUUUCGAAACAAUCAGUGUGCACUCUAUCUUAUUGUCGAAGCACUAGCCAAUCUCUUUCAACUAGCCAUUUACUUCUUCAUUACCCUAUCAAUCAUCGUAUACGGCAGAGAUCCCGCUAAUUUAUCCUUAUUUUGGUGUAAACUACGAGUCUUGUUAGUCGUCAUCUCCACACUCGUUGCUUUCUGUUCCAUCUGCUUCUGUACCAUUGAUCAAUAUCUCUCCACCAGCCAUCGCUACUUUUUCAGACAACUUUCCACCAUCAAACUCGCCUAUAUUCUCCUUGCCAUUGCAUUCGUAUUUGCACUACUUCAGUCAAUACUUUUCGCCGUUUUCUCCGAUAUCCAAGGUAGUGUUUGCACUGUAUUCAAUCCAUCGAUGGCAGCUUAUAUCUCAUCCUUCUACUAUCCUGUACUAUCCGGUCUUCUUCCUGUGAUGAUCACAUCGAUGUUCAGUCUGUUGGCAUAUCGAAAUGUUCGACAAAUCGUUCGUCGACAAGUGCCGAUAGUCCGUCGUCGUCUUGAUCAACAACUGACAGCAAUGGUACUUGCCCGAGCCAUCAUGUUCACCAUUUUCAGUACACCCUACACGAUUCAUUCAAUCUAUACAUUUAAUAGCAAGAUCACUGUAGCAGAUUUGCUUCGAUAUGCGAUUAAUAAUGUGACAUCAGCCAUUUUAUUUAUCAUCUUCGAUCUAAACUUUGCGGUAGGAUAUACGAAAUACUUUUUCGGAGUAUCAGUAUAA